GGUAAACUCUCAGUUCCGUCUACUUACGAUGCGCCUCGUUUUCGUUGGUGGUGGCCUGGAGGCUGGAUUGAGCCUUCAGUAGUUGAGAGCGAAAUACAGGCCAUUGCUGCGGCAGGAUUUGGAGGUGGUGAGAUAAGUGACGUUGAAGACAGCAUCAAGGUACCUAUGGAUCCAAAAAUUUAUGGAUGGGCAAGAGAUAGAUGGAAUGCCGGAAUGCUUGCUGCUUACAAGACGGCACAGAAGCUUGGUGUUUAUGUGGACAUGACUCUUGGUCCACACUGGCCAACAGGCGUUCCAGGAUUCACACCCGAUUCUCCAGAAACCUCCAAAGAACUAGUUCACGGACAGAUCUUGGUCGCUGCAGGCAAGUCUUAUUCGGGGCCCCUUCCUCUACCCGUUGCCGAACCAUCCGGCAAAGAAACUGGGAACCCAUCGAUAAAUGCAACCGCAAAGCUGGUUACUGUCCUAGCGGCGCGGACCAACGCAACUUCAGUCAAUGACACAACAAUUGUAUUUGAGCCAUCGACAGUGAUGGAUUUGACUACUUAUUAUCAUAAUAACCAACUGUCCUGGACUGCACCAAAGGAUGGGGGCUAUAUCGUUGUUGCAUUCUAUGGCCGAGGGACGGGACAAAUUCAAAAUCUGUAUGAUGGAAACCCUGAGGCCCCAAAGGUCACUUAUCCCUUUCCAGCGUACAUCGUCGACCAUCUGUCCAGCGCCGGCGUGGAGGCAUCAGUGAAUUACUGGAACGAGAACAUCCUAAGCGACGAGCUGCGCCAGAUUAUGAAGAGUCAAGGAGGAUCAAUCUUUGAAGACUCACUUGAGCUGAAGUUGAAGCAGUAUUGGACGCUCAACUUUAUGGAAGAGUUCAAGAAGCGUCGAGGUUACGAUUUGACUCCAUAUUUGUUCUACGUCAUCCAAGAUACCAACACAUUCACAGGCGACAAUGAAGUUGCAAGGAGAAUUGUGUACGAUUUCUACGCCACUGUCACGGAUUUGUACAUCGACUACCGUGUCCGAGGAUUGAAGAAAUUCGCUAAUGGGCUUGGUCUCAAAUUGCGUCUACAGCCUUACACAGCUACUGUUGACUCUUCGCGGGCAGCCUCCGCGCUUGAUAUUCCCGAGGGAGAGUCUCUCGGCUUUGAGGGAGACAAUGACGCUUUCCGUGUUUUGGCGACAGGUCGAGACGUUGCCGGUCGCACUAAGAUACUUUCUGACGAGCUGGGAGCGUACAUGGGCAAGGCGUAUGGAGUCACAUGGAGCUUUCUUCUUGGUACGGCGAACUUGGAUUACUCUCUCGGUGUCAGUCACGCAGUCAUCCAUGGCUCUCCGUACCGUGACUCUCCAUCAAGCGUGUGGCCUGGCUUUGCCCCUUUCACGCCACUUGGCUCGACUAGCAAUGGCUUCGCGGAUGCGUGGGGUCCGCGCCAACCUCAAUGGCUCUUUGCGCCAAAUGCGAGCAUAUAUAUGGCCCGUGCUCAUCAAACGCUGCAAUCAGGUUCUCCUUCGGUGGAUUUGGCCAUUCUCAACACUGAAUGGGGUGUGACGGCAACAUGGGACGAUACUGGAUUGAACGAUGCUGGUUAUUCUUACCAGUUUCCAACCCCAGAGCUACUGGCAGAGUACUCAGCCACAGUCAAUAACAAGCUUCUUCUUCCGGAUGGCCCUCAGUAUAGAGCCCUUUUGAUCAACAACGUCACCUCUCUGAAUUUAGAUAGCGCGAGGCAAAUUCUCUCUUACGCGAAGUCAGGUCUAGCUGUCGUUAUCAUUGGGAACGCUCCGUCACAGCCACAAUCGUUCUGCACGGAUUGCACCCAGGUCAAAAGCCAGAUCCAGCAGACCUUUAAGGAAAUAACUUCUUUGAAGACCACAAAGCGCGUCAAUUCCGAGUCUGAGGCUCCCGCCGCUCUCAAAGCGUUGGGAAUCCAGUCAUCUGUCCGAUACUCUUCAGCAUCCAAUGUAUCCACCAUCACGACCAAACGUCGUAUCAGCGACUCUGAAUCGAUCUACUUCAUCUACAGCUCAUCCGCAAUCAAUGAGACAGUCUACCUCAAAGGAGAAGGUUAUCCGCUCAUGAUGAAUUUCUGGACUGGUGAAGUGAGACCCAUUGUUGCAUUCAACACGAACAAUGGGUACACUGAAGUCAACUUGACCUUGGGCACGAAUGCGGCACAGGCAAUUUAUCUUGGCAGAAGAAACCCAUACGGCCUCCCCAAUUUCAGCAAACAUGUUAUCACUACUGAUGCAGAGGCUUUUGUCGAGUCGGGAAACAUGUUCCUGAGAUCGAGUCAAAACGGAACCUACACUGCGCAACUGUCGACCGGGCAAACUCUCAGUGUUGAAUUCAAUAACGUGCCAGUACCAGUAAUCCCGACGUCUUGGACCUUAUCCGUUGAGGACUGGGCUCCCACGUAUAUCAACGAAAUUGGCCUCAACUCGUCUUUGACUAGCAAAACCAUUUUGCCCAGUAUCAAGCUGAGCAACCUCAAGCCCUGGACGAAUAUUACUGGUUUGGAAUAUGCAAGUGGCAUCGGUACCUACAAGACAACAGUCGAUCUAUCUCUCCAUCAGGAGAGCAAGGACUCUGGAGACACUCUUGCUGUUUCUAUCAACAUUGGUGAUGUUGAAGGUAGUUGGGGCUUGAAAAUCAAUGGCGUGCAAGUGGAGGGCGUUGACUUCCUGUCUGGAGCACCGCUAAAUGUCACUUCAUACGUGAAGAAUGGUCCAAAUGAAAUUGAAAUUACAGUUGCCACUACUCUGUGGAACAAACUGCGCAAGACCUGGCCUUCUAUCUAUGGAUCUCUGGAAGCGCAGAAUAUUGGCUUGUUGGGGCCCGUCAGUUUCUCGUACUAC